UCAUCAUCUCCUGUCAUCUCUCUCUUUGGCUCCUCCAAAUAUUCUUACACCAGAGGAUUUGCCAGUCUUUCUCUCUCUCUCUAUUUAUAAAUUGCACCUUACCCAUCACAGCUUCAAAUUCCAUUUCUUUUUAUUUAAUUAAGGAGGAAGUGGAAUAACCAAGAAAGAUAGAAAAGAAGAGAGAGAGAGAGACAGAGAGAGAGAGAGAGAGGAUGAGAGAGCACAUCUUCUGUUCUCAUUACAAAUAUUCCUCUUCUUAGAUCUUAGUUUCCUCCACUUUCUCAUCUGGGUCCUCCUCAAAUGGAAAUCUGGGUCAUGUUCUGAUUGGUGCAAAAAGGAUCCGAUGUUCCAAGAUUGAAUUUUGACAAAUCCCAGUUUGUCUUUGAUCGGAGCUCCAAUCUGGGUUCUGUCUAAAUCUUCAGAUAAGAGAAAGAUGGAAUCAGAUCUUGGUAAGCUCUUCAUUGGUGGGAUUUCUUGGGACACAGAUGAAGAACGGCUUAAGGAAUAUUUUAGGAAGUAUGGAGAGGUUGUGGAGGCUGUGAUCAUGAGAGACCGCGCGACUGGCCGUGCUCGUGGCUUCGGAUUCGUUGUUUUCGCGGAUCCUGCCGUUGCUGAAGGAGUCAUUAUGGAUAAGCACAUGAUCGAUGGCCGCACAGUUGAGGCAAAGAAGGCUGUUCCUAAGGAUGAUCAGCAUAUUUUGAACAGAAAUGCUGGUGGAACCCAAGGUUCUCCUGGUCCCGGCCGCACGAGAAAGAUUUUUGUUGGAGGGUUAGCAUCGACUGUCACCGAAAGCGACUUCAAGAAGUACUUUGAUCAGUUUGGUACGAUAACCGAUGUGGUAGUGAUGUAUGAUCACAACACACAAAGGCCAAGAGGUUUUGGCUUCAUCACUUAUGACUCGGAGGAUGCUGUGGACAGAGUGCUGCACAAAACCUUUCAUGAGCUGAAUGGUAAGAUGGUUGAGGUCAAGAGGGCGGUUCCAAAAGAGCUAUCCCCGGGGCCCAGCCGUAGCCCUCUGCUAGGAUACAACUAUAGUUUGGGUAGGGCCAAUAGCUUCUUAAACAGUUAUGCGCAAGGUUAUAAUCUUAGUCCCAUUGGAGGUUUUGGAGUAAGGAUGGAUGAUAGAUUCAAUGCAAUUUCUAGUGGUAGAAGCGGGCUUUCUCCAUUUGGCAAUACUGGUUAUGGUUUGGGUAUGAAUGUGGAGCCGGGUUUGAGCCCGAGCUACAGUGCAAAUUCUAACUUUGGCAAUAGUCUAGGCUAUGCAAGAAUGUUAAGUCCCUAUUACAGUGGCAAUGCAAACAGGUACAAUACCCCAAUUGGUUACAAUGUGAGUAAUGGAAGGAGCAAUUCUGUUUUAAGCUCCACCUCUCGAAAUGUCUGGGGAAACGGAGGCAUUAACAAUGCCACGAACCCAGGUAGCCCUGGGCCGUACUUGAGCUCUGGAAGUGGGAGUUUGGGCAUGUCAUUCGGAAAUGGUGGAGCGAAUUGGGGUGCUAAUACUGUUUCGGCGCAAGGUGGAGGAGGUGCUUCUGGCUAUAGUGGUAGUAGCUAUGGGAGUGGAGAUAAUAGCUUUGGGUUCGGAGACGGGGGAUAUGGAAGAAACACCGGUACAGGUGUAACCCUAACAUCAUCAUACCCUGCAUCAACUGCUGGUUAUGAGAGGUCUUACGGAGACCUGUAUCAUAGUGGUUCGGUUUAUGGCGAUUCAACUUGGCGCUCCACCACUCCUGAGCUAGAUGGUUCUAGCACAUUCAGUUAUGGGCUUGGCAAUAUAACUUCAGAUGCUGCAGCCAAAAGUUCUGAGGAUUAUAUUGGAAGCUACAGUGUUACCAGUAGACAACCAAAUAGAGGGUUAAAACCAAAAGAAGCUGAUAGAUCGGGGACUCUUUGGGACGUUUUAUAAGUCAAGGGCUAAAGUGGGAAUGACAGCAAAAUUCAAGGACCAUUCGUAUUGCUGCUUAGGAGAAUUGUUGUUUGCAUAAGUCAUGAGGCUAUAUAGUAGGUGAAGAGAAAGCAUUGAAAGCUUUGUGAAUUUUUAUACAUCUCCCUUUAUUAUGAUAUAUUCAGCUUAUGAGGAAACUGAUCAUAUAGUUCUAACGGGGAUUCCUUGAUUUGAAGUAUACAUAUUCAGACAGACACAGAGAGAGAGAGACUGAGAGAGAAAGCAGAUUACAAAAGGGAUUUUGUGUAAGGUUUGAGGUGUUUUUUUUUUCCCUUGUUUAAUCUUUUAGGUUUCUUUCUUGAAAUUUGAUUUGAGGUGUAAGAUCAGAUUGCGGGAUAUAAAUAUACUCUUGGAAGUAUUGUGCAUCUACAGAAGGACAAGCCAGCCUUAGUCUUGUUAAAAAAAAAAAAAAAAAAGGAAAAGAAAAGAUAGGAUAUCGUUAUUAUUAUUAUUUUUUAAUUCUGUAAUGCCUAGCAAAGUUGCUGGCUUUUGCCCACAUUUCUUCUUCUUUUUGUGGGAUUUGUCCUCUCAAAAUUGUAUGGUGAGGUUUUUCAUUUCUUGUGUGAAACAAUGGAAGGAUGCCCAUAUGGGAUCAAAUAAGUCUUACUAGAACACUUUGAUGAUUCUUUUUAUUAUUAUUAUUAUUGGACAGUAUAUUAAACAAAGCUUAUACUUCUUUUGUGUG